UGUCAACCCGAUGUUAGCGAUCCCAAACGCGCAGGAUGAUUGACAGGAGAUAGUGUUUCUGAAGUCUUCCGAUUGGCUAAAGAGGCGAGUCUUUCAUUCGCUGUCAGAGUGAGACAGAACAGUGAGGGAGUGACGGUGAAAUGAAAGUUCCUCGCCGGAUCCUCGAGCAGGAAAAGCGGAAGUAAACAGUCUCGGUUGGUUCAUCAUCAUACAGCUGCUGCUGCUGGUGCGUGUGUGAGACUAGCUGCAGUUAUGGGCGGAAUAUGAGAAUGUGAACGCGCACAAGAAACAGCACGAGCCGCUGAUCGAAGGUGUGUGAGGAUGUGGGUCACUCCUGAAGAAGUCGUGUUGAAAAACGCGCUGAAACUUUGGGUGACGGACAGAACCAACGAUUAUUUCCUCCUGCAGCACCGGAGAGGACACGGAGAGACCGGAGGAAAAAUCACAGGAUUGCUGGUUGGAGCGCUGGACACCGUGUUGGACUCAAAUGCGCGUGUGGCUCCGUUCCGGCUGGUUCUACAUGUGCCGGGGUGUCAGGUCAGCUGGGUCAUAGCCAGUGGAGUGACUCUAGAGGAGGUGCAGAAACACUGGAAAUGGCUGGAGCACAACAUAAUGCCAUACAUGGCUGUGUUUGAGAAUAAAGAAGACGCAGCCAGUUUUGUACAGGGCAAAGUGAAGGGUUUAAUCGCAGAGGAGGUUUUGGGCGGUCAGGCAGCGAGGGAAGAUGACCCGGCGAGGUUUCGUGAGGAUCUGUCUCGGUUCGAGCAGCGUUUCGGUUUGCCUCAGCGAGAGAAGCUGGUGACACAUUACUCAUGCUGCUGCUGGAAGGGUCGUGUGCCUCGACAGGGCUCGCUCUACCUCACCACCAAUCACAUCGCUUUCUAUUCAUUCCUGCUUGGCAAAGAGGUGAAGCUGUUGGUUCCCUGGGCGGAGGUGACGCGUCUGGAGCGCGUGUCCGUGGGUCUGCUGACAGACGUGAUCCGUGUUCACACGCGACAGAAGCAGAGGGAUUUCUCCAUGUUUCUCAAUGUGGAUGAGGUGAUGAAGGUCAUGUGUCAGCUGGCUGAUAUCGCCCUGCGCAGACUGCUGGACAGCGGGGGUCUCACGCUCGACCAAUCGCUGCAGGACCCCGCGAACAUCACCAAGAGGUUGCUGGUAGAACAGGCUCUUAGGCAGUACGUGCUCUCUCUCUUUGGCUUGCCGCGGGCCGAGCGUCUUCAGGAAGUGAUGUCAUGCUCGGUUUGGACUCCUCAUGCCCGCUGUCACACGGCGGGUACUCUCUACACCACAGACGGCUAUUUGUGCUUCAGCAGUCGUGAGGAGGGCCAGUGUACACUCAUCAUACCACUAACAGAGAUACUGGCCAUUGAGAAAGCAGACAGCACCAGCGCUCUGCCCAACCCGGUGAUCAUCAGCGUACGGUGUAAGCGUGCCUUCCAGCUCAUCGACCUGCAGAGACGGGAGGAGUUGGUGGAGAAUCUGCGUGAGCGACUGCGAGAUCUGCACUGGAAACAGGCCGUCAUCCGCGGACACGAGCAGCGCAAGAAAUCCGCGAUGUCCAGCACUCCAUACUACACUUUCUGCUACGACACCGUCCAAUCAGAUGAAGAGGACACUAACAUCAUCUCUGAUAAAGCUCUGCGUCACAUGGUCCCCGCUGACACAUUCCAUCCCAGCCAAUCAGAUUCUUCCAAUGAGACACACAACUCUGAGCGCGUGAAGGAGCGUUUAUGGGAAGAUCAUUUUGUUGAGUUUGGUCGAGGUGUGCACAUGUUCCGCACGGAUCAAAUUCAGAAGCUGGUGGCGAUGGGCAUCCCGGAGUCUCUGAGAGGAGAACUGUGGCUCAGUUUCUCAGACGCGUGUUCAUCGCUGGCCGCACAUCAGAAUUAUUACUCCGAUCUGCUGGAGAAGUGCCGGGGUCAGAGUAACGUCGCCACAGAGGAGAUCGAGCGAGACCUUCAUCGCUCACUGCCUGAACAUCCAGCCUUCCAGAACGACACAGGAAUAUCUGCUCUCCGUAGAGUCCUCACGGCCUACGCUUACAGAAACCCCACCAUCGGUUACUGUCAGUCCAUGAACAUAUUAGCAUCUCGGAUGCUCUUGUACACCAAAGAAGAGGAAGCGUUCUGGCUGCUGGCCACAGUGUGUGAGAGGAUGUUACCAGACUACUUCAACCGCAGAGUCAUCGGUGCACAGGUGGAUCAGUCCGUGUUUGAAGAGCUGAUUGGUGAGCGUUUACCCGAUCUUGCUGAACAAAUCCCUGAUGUGUCGUGGCUGGCAUCCGUCUCUCUCACGUGGUUCCUCACGCUGUUCCUGAGCGUCCUGCCGUUCCGCAGCGCUCUUUGUGUGCUCGACUGUUUCUUGUGUCACGGCAUCAGAUCCAUCUUUCAGAUUUCACUAGCGGUGCUGGAGGCAAACGCAGCUGAGCUGUGCACGUGUACAGAUGAUGGUCAAGCUCUCAUGAUACUCAACAGUUUUCUAGAGCAGGUGACACAUGAGGACAACACGCGUGUGUGCGCUGAUGCUCAACACGUCAACAUCACCACCCUGAUCACCGAUGCGUACGAGAAGUUUGGAUGUCUUACAGUGAAGCAUGUGGAGAUGUUGAGAUGCAGACAUCGUAUUCAGGUCCUUCAGGCUCAUGAAGACGCCACCAAAGACAACACUCUGCGAUUGGUCAAUCCAGAUGUGUCGCUCUCACAGGAGCACCUGUCUGACCUCUACGACCUCUUGAAAACGGAACAUUUCAUCAGUGUGUACUGGGGCGCUGCUUCAGGAGGUUCAGCGGGGUCUGUGGGCAGCUCUUCUGAGCGGUACAUGCUGGAUGGAGUUCAGUUCAAGAGUCUGUACGAGGUGCUGUCGCCGUGGCUCUGUGGGACACACACACAUACUGUCGCCCAGCGCACAUUCACACUGCUGGAUCACAACCAACACAACCACAUCAACUUCACUCCCUUCAUACAGUGGAUGGACAUUCUGUACUGUGAGGAGCUGAAUGAGAAGAUCAGACUUCUGUAUCGACUGCACGUUCCACCAGCUAUGACAGAACAUGGAGAAGACUCAUCGCCACUGAAGAGUCCCAUACUGUCCACCUCCAGACCUCUAUAUGUCAACCUGCCCAACGGUGAGAGGAGGAGUUAUGAAGAACAACUACAGCAGAUGCUUCAAGAUCUCAGCAGUGCAAAGAAGAAAGACCAGAAGAUUCUUCCUCACAUGAAUCAGCGGGAGUUUAUCCAGUUUUGUAAGACGCUCUACAGCAUGUUUCAGGGCGACCCUGAUGAAGCCGAACUCUUCCAGGCCAUCGGGAUGGUGGCUAGUCUCGUGCUGCAGAUUGGUGAGGCGCGACACCGCAGCCGUCCGUCAACACGUCAGGAGGAGACGGAACACGCCCACUCUACUGUGACUGGUGGAGAGUCAGAGGGCGAUUGGUCGGUGAGUUUCGAACAGAUUCUGGCCUCACUGCUGACCGAGCAGGUGCUGGUGAACUUCUUAGACCGGCCCGUGGACCUGAGCGUUAAAAUUGCAAGCGCAAAGACACGUCAGUAUCACGAGCGGGCGGGACUGAUUGUGAUCCAGCAUGCAGCCGUCAGCUGAUCAUGUCACACGUCAUGAAGGAAAGUGCCUUGAUCCUGACACCACAUGAGCCGAGCGUAAAUACUGCCGUCUGCCUCAGAGGAUUCUGGGUGAGCUGGACUCCCCAUCAAUCAUCUGCGAGUCACAUGUUUCAGCUUUAAGUCUCAUUAGGCUUGUUCGAUUUCAUGCGACGCCGCAACAACCGACAGGUGGAUGACAUCACUUUACCGCUGUCUUGCGGAAAUGUAAUGUGAUGUCAUCCGCCUGCAUGACGUACAACACACCUAUUAUUAACAAAAUCAGCUGAGCCAAAUCACAACCUUGUCUUUUUUAUUACAUAAUUCUGUCAUCUUUGAUACUGUGAUCUUUUUCUACUCAUCAAUGAUCAGCAUUAUUUUAACAGCAUUUAAGCUUUUAACAUUUGUUAUGAAUCAGCAUUCAUGUGGAUUUGAAGUCUUAUUGACUGGGUUUAUUCAGAGUCAGCAAAAACUUAUAAUCAUGUGUUUGGAAACCCACUUCAGUCUAGUUUUUGUGUACUUGAUGAUAAAUGACUGCUCAUAUCAGAGAAAUGAAUUCAUCACUGCAGACACACUUCUGAAAAUCAAAUUACAACAUUUUUUAUUUGUAGGUAAUGUACGUGAUAAGUUACUAAGUGUGUUUUGAAUGUAUGAUUACACUGAAAACAUUCGAUCUCUCAUCAUGAGAGAAACUGAGCUCAUAUCACAA